AUGCCGCCAAAGAAAGCUAAGGUUGUGAAAGUUAAGGUUGUGAGACCAGCCAGAGUUGUGCGACCCGCGGCUAGAGCUGCAAGUCCAGCUGCUUCGUCAGAAAGUGUGCAUGGUAGCAAUACCGAGCAAGAGGUAGUUGGUGUGAACCCUGCAGAGGCAGCCCAAGGUGUUAACCAAACUGCUGCCUAUGCAGCUAUGAUGGAGGAGUUGCAGAGGUACCGUGAAUGUUUUGGAGAUCAAAUGCAUAAUGACCCGGGAGCGGGAAAUGUGCAUCAGCCGGAUGCGCCGUUGAAUGGCCAGAACCAGGGAGUGCAGUAUCCGCCGCCACCUCCACCGCCGGUUGUGCAUGUGCCGGGACAAGGACCUUCGUAUUGGGAACUGAUGGGGCAUAUGAGGAAUAUGCAGAUGGAUCAUUUUGAUGGAAAGACAAGUGUUGUUGUUGCUGAUAAUUGGAGGAAAAAGCUGGAGAAGAACCUUGAUGCAAUCAGUUUUAGGCUUGCAUUUGCAUACAUAUGCACGUUUGAUGUCUUAAUCAGGUCAUUUGGAGCUAAUUGGAACAUUUUCUAUCACUGGAGACUAGUUGAGGAAGGAAAGACUCUGUCUGCCCCAUCUUUCGUCUGGAGGUGGUUUCAUGUCAUUCGGACCAGCGGUUCAAAAGAUACGACGAUUUUGGUUGGACUCGACCCACCAGCUCGACCGGCCAGUUUCCAACUCGAUCGAGCUGCUUUUCCAGGAGUCAAAUGCCCACAUGAGUACCGCCUUGACUUGGCUGUGCACUACCUGAAGGAUGAUGCCAUGAUUUGGUGGGAUGGUGUGAUGGAGGUAGCGCAAGGGCGUUAUGAUUUGACGUGGGCUGAUUUCAAAGAAGAGUUCACCAUGGAGUAUUUCCCGCCAGAGGCCAUGGAUAAGAUGGAGAAUGCUUUUGAGGAUCUUCGUCAGGGUAACCGAACUGUUCAGGAGUACAAGGAGGAGUUUAAUCGUUUGAAGAGAUUUUCAGCGAAGCACCUGAGAAGUAUGACAGUGUUGGAUUUGGUUGAAACUGCAGCUGGGCACGAACUUGGAUUCCAGGAGGAACAAAAGUUGUCUAAAGGUUUCCAAGCUAAAACUGGUAAGAGAGAUAGUAGCAAGAGGAACUGGGAUACUGCUAAUGCUACACCAGGAGAGUAUGCUAAGAACUUAACUUGCUUCAAGUGUAACCAGCGUGGGCAUCUCAAGAAGGAUUGCACUGUUGGCAAUUUUCCAAGAGGGGUUCAGCUUAGAGCCGUGCAGCCUGUCAGGGCCACUUGUUUCCGUUGUGGACAGAACGGGCACAUUGCAAGGAAUUGUAUGGUUCCGCUUCAGGGGCACCAGCAGCAGAGGGGACAGAACCGUGAGCAGUUACAGUUGCCACCGCCACCAGCCGGUCAAGCAGCAAGGCCUCGGGUUAAUGUCGUAGGAGAACACGGUGGUGUUGAACCGAUCGCUGUGUUGGACCUUAAGGGCGUUUUUGUCUCGAGGGCGAAAGAGAUCGAGACAGCCGGAGAUGAGAGGGUGAAGUCUACCGGGGUUUAUGAAGAAGUUCCUAUAGUGCUAGAAGGUGUGGAGAUGUUCGGAAAUCUUGUGAAAAUGGAGUUGAAUCACUACGAGGUGAUUCUCGGAAUGGAUUGGCUGACGAAACAUCGAGAUGUACUUGAUUGUCCGCGAGCGCGGGUACAUAUCCCGAGGACAGAAGGGAAGUUGGUGUUCCAAGGGAUCAAAAGAAAUAGCGGAAUUUCCAUUAUUUCGAUGCUGCAAGCAGAGGAGUUAUUGGAGAAAGGAGUUGAAGCAUAUCUUGCCACCAUUACUAUGAAUGAGAAAGAGUCGUCACCUAAGCUGAGUACAAUACCGGUUGUAGCGGAAUACGAGGACGUGUUUGAACCAUUGACGGGACCACCGCCACACCAAGGUGAUGCAUUUACGAUAGAGUUAGAGCCGGGAACCACACCUAUAUCGAAGGCACCUUACCGUUUAGCGCCAGCAGAAAUGGCCGAGCUCAAGAAUCAGUUAGAGGACUUGGCUGACAAAGGUUUCAUUCGACCGAGUAGUUCACCGUGGGGAGCGCCGGUGUUAUUCGUCAAGAAAAAGGACGGGAGUUUCAGACUCUGUAUCGAUUACCGGGGCUGA